AUGUCAGACAUCGACAACCUCGUCGACAUGGGCUUCGACCGCGAAAAGGCUACCCUCGCCAUGAAGAAGGCAGGCAACUUGGGAGCUGCCAUCGACUGGCUCGGUAACAAUGCCGACAAAUCCAUCGAAGAACUCAAGGAAGACGAAGGCGAGGAGGAGUCACCGCUGUCACUACAGCCUGGCGAGCAAGCCAGAAGUCUACUCUGCAAGGAUUGCGGCAAGAAGUUCAGAUCAACUGCCCAAGCAGAGUUUCACGCCAACAAGACUGAGCACCAGAACUUCGAAGAGUCAACCGAGGAGAUCGCUCCUUUGACCGAGGAGGAGAAGGCUGCCAGACUCCAAGAGCUGCGCGAAAAGCUUGCUGCCAAACGCGCUGGUCAAUCCGAACAAGACAAGAAGGACAAGGAGCGCAACGACCAGAUCCGCCGUAAGGCCACAAAGGAGCAACAAGACAUCAAGGAGGACUUGGCCAAGAAGGAACAGAUCAAGGAGGUUGAGGCCAAGAGACGCGAGAAGCAGGCCGAUGUCGAGGCUAAGAAGCGUAUCCAAGCAAAGAUCGCUGCAGACAAGGAGGAGCGCCGCCUCAAAGCUGAAAGAGAGAAGGCUGCUCGUGCUGGACAGUCUGCUGCUGUUGCCGACCCUACACCUGCGGCAAAGCCCACCCUGCCAAAGACUGCCGGUAACUACACCGAGGCAAGACUACGACUCCAGACAUCCGCUGGUACUGUCCAGAAAACCUUCCCUGUCGACACAACGCUCUUCGAGGUCGCCCAAGCCCUUAGCGAGGAGCCUGGUGUUCAAGUCUCCGAGUUUGUCCAGAACUUCCCCAAGAAGGUGUACGAUAGUUCGGACUUUGGCCAGACACUGAAAGAGGCUGGUCUUGUACCUAGUGCUGCCCUGGUCGUGAAAUAA